CAUGGCGUAAAGGAAGCAAAUCGAAACCUGUUACUACAUUCCUUUUCCUUCCUCUUCCCUUUUCCCCCCCUUCUCCACCUCCUCCUCCUCCUCCUCCUCCUCCUCUCCCUGUCUCUCUUUCAAUCUCUUCCCCUCCCCCGAUUUCUUUAAGUUAUUGCUUGAACAGAAGUUGAGAAAAUGAGUUUUGGAGUCGUAAGGCGACGGAUUGCGUCUGGAGGCUCUAAUCUGUUUUCUGCGCAGUAUUUGCGGGGAAUUCGACCUUCCAUUUCUGCAGGAAGAGUUCGUUCUGUUGCUGAGAAAGAGAUUUUGCACCAGUGUAGAAGCUUCGGACAUGUCAGAAAUAUUUCUCACCUAUUUUCACCUGGUGGCCUUGCAAGUUCUCAAUCUCUAAGGGUAGCAUUUUCAAGUAUGCAGCAAAGACCUAUGAUACAAAUGAAUGGUCGGAAUUUCUCUUCAGAUAAUGGGGACCUGCUUGAUGUUGUUGUCCCUCCAUUGGCUGAGUCUAUUACUGAUGGAACGCUGGCAAAAUUCUUGAAGAAUCCGGGUGAUAGAGUAGAAUUGGAUGAAGCAAUUGCUCAAAUUGAAACAGAUAAGGUUACAAUUGAUGUCACUAGUCCAGGAGCUGGUAUUAUUCAGAAGUUUGUUGCCAAGGAAGGAGAUACGGUGGAACCAGGAACCAAGGUUGCUAUUAUCUCAAAAACUGGUGAAGGUGUAACUCAUGUUGCUCCUUCUGAGAAAACAUCAGAGCAAGCUGCACCUCAGGCUGCCCCAGCUGAAAAAAUUGAAAAGCCUAAAGCUGAAACUACGGUCAGUGAGAAGCCGAAGCCUAAGGCACCAUCUCCACCACCUCCAAAACGGUCAGCUACAGAACCCCAGCUUCCACCUAAGGAUAGGGAAAGACGAGUUCCAAUGACAAGGCUCCGAAAGAGGGUUGCUACACGAUUGAAAGAUUCUCAGAACACAUUUGCUAUGUUGACGACGUUCAAUGAAGUUGACAUGACAAAUUUGAUGAAGCUUCGUUCUGAUUACAAGGAUGCUUUCGUAGAAAAGCACGGAGUCAAGUUGGGUCUUAUGUCUGGAUUUAUCAAAGCUGCUGUCAGUGGGCUUCAGAAUCAACCUAUUAUUAAUGCUGUGAUCGAUGGGGAUGAUAUCAUAUACAGAGACUACAUCGACAUCAGCAUAGCCGUUGGCACUCCUAAGGGUCUUGUUGUGCCAGUCAUUAGAAAUGCUGAUAAGAUGAAUUUUGCUGAGAUAGAGAAGGAGAUAAACACCCUUGCAAAGAAGGCAAAUGAUGGUACCAUUUCAAUUGACGAGAUGGCUGGAGGUUCCUUCACCGUAUCCAAUGGUGGUGUUUAUGGAAGCCUUUUGAGUACCCCCAUUAUUAAUCCUCCUCAGUCGGCAAUCUUGGGAAUGCACUCGAUCGUGUCCCGUGCUGUGGUGGUUGGAGGCAAUGUUGUCCCGAGGCCAAUGAUGUACAUCGCUCUAACAUAUGACCAUAGACUCAUUGAUGGAAGAGAGGCAGUUUUCUUCUUGCGCCGCAUCAAAGAUGUGGUCGAAGACCCAAGGAGACUUCUCCUUGACAUAUAAAACUCUCCAAAACCGUAAAAGCAAGCUUUAUUAUGAAGAAAGUCUUCAGCAUGUGGUGUUUCCAAGGAAGAAGGGUAAAACUUCCAAAACCUUUGAAAAAAGAGAAUCAUUUCAGAAAUAAUUAAAAGAAAGAAAAAAACGUUUUUCUUGAGAUUUCAAGUUUUGUAGGAUAUUUAAUUUAUUUCCAUAAGUAAUUGCGGCUUGUCUCAUAAUUGUUGAAACUGAAAUUGAGAGAUGCAUGUUCUUUUCUAAAGCGGUGGGAAUUGCCACGUCAUGUUCCAUACUCUUAUUAUGGGGAUUUUAUUGUUAUUUUGCCCUAAACUAGAAAUAUUUUGAACUUCCAAAGCCCUUUGGUUUCUUUAUAGUGAUGUUGUCUAAAGCAGUAGUAAGAAGGCUCUUUAUUCCGCUAGUUUUACAGGGAGGUUUCCUUUCCCAACUCAGCUUCGCAAAGGUGUUUGCUAUUUCCUUUCUUUUUUACAACUCUUGGAUUGUUGAGAGACAUGUUUAUUUUUCAAUAAUAUUACAUUUACAUUUA